GCUCGAUUGCAUUAGUACAAUUUAAAUCGUGAGCGUCGAACGUGUUUUCCGGAAAGUUAACAAAAAAUUACCAAAAUGAAUAAAAUUCUGAUUUUGGCCCUUUGCCUGGGCGUGGUCUGUGGAGAUUUCCAGGCUAGACCUAAACGCGACAGUUUUCACUCUCGCCACUACAAUGCCCACCAGCAGGCGAUUGAGCAGGCUCGUAAGAAUUCCGGCUACGGAGGCAGCGCGGGAAGUGGUAGCUAUGGUGGUGGCUACGGAGGAGCUUCUGGAUCUGCCGAUCUCUCCGGCAACUUGGAGAGCGCCUACGAGUCUGUGGGUGCCACCGAGUCCGCCGAAGGUGCCAGUGCUGGCGCUUCAGGUGGUCAGGCUGUUGAGUCCUUGGGUGAUGUUGGCGUUGGUGCAGGCGUAGGAAGUGGUUCCUCCUUCGGUAGCAACUUUGGCUCCGGUUUUGGUAGCCAGAACGCCGCCUCCUUUGGAGCCCAGAACGCCGCCGCGUUUGGCGCCCAGAACGCCGCCUCCUUCGGCACCUCCUUCUCCAGCAACGCCGCCUUCCAGGCCAACUCCGCCGCCAACUUCGCCAGCACCGCCGCCCACCAGGUCGGCAGCAACGUGGAGUUCGCCGAGAACGCCAAUGCCGGCAACAAGGUGGACUUCGGUGGUGUCAACACCGUCCAGACUGCUUCCCCCGCCGCCGAGUACUACAGCCACGAGAAGAUUGUGACCACACCCCAGCAGGUGACCUACACGAUUCCCGGUGGUGCCCAGCGCUAUGUUCACCACGAGGAGCGAAUUGUCGAGCAACCCACCCAGACGCAUGUGAUCCAGGCUCCCAUCCAGAGCGCCCAGUACUACCGCCGUAAGGUGACCACCACCUCCUCUGUUCCCCAGUUGGUGCAGCCAGCCGCCAGUGCCCGUUUGGCCUACGGAUCGAAUGCCGCCUCCACUUUUGGCAGCAACUCUGCCUUCAACACCCAGUUCGGCAGCUCCUUUGGCCAGAGCUCGGCCCUGAACUCCGGCAUCUCCUCGGGAUUGGGCUUCCAGUCGAACAACCAACUGGGCCAGCUCCUCAGCCAGACCCAUCAGACGGCACGCCAACAGGCGGCCUCCCAAGCAGCCUCUGCCAAUGUGGUGCAGUCUGGAAGUGGCUACAAUGCCGGAUCUGGUUACAAUGCCGCCCAAACUGCCUUCAAUGGAGGAUCACAUGCUGGCCUCAACUCCGGCUACAACAGCGCCUUCAACUCCGGUUCCCAGUUUGGUUUCAACUCUGCCAGCUCCUUGAACUCUGCCAGUUCCCUGAACUCCGCCAGUGCCUUGAAUGCCGGAAGCAGUGGCUCCCUGCUCAGUGGCUCCUUGUUGGGCGGAAGCCAGGGAUCUCUGCUGGGCGGACAGGUUGGCGGACAGCAGAGCCUGCUUAGUGGAUCCCUGUUGAGCGGCCAGCAGAACUUUGGACUUGGACUUGGACAGACCAGCGGACAGCAACUGGCCGGAUCGGGCAACUUUGGAGCCGGAUUCGGAGCCGGAGCCAGCGGUGCUGGCAGUAAUUUCCAGACCAAGGAGUGGGAGAAGCAGUCCAAGUGGUCUUCCCAGAACUCGUUUGAUUCCAAUGGCCAUGUGAGCAACUACAAGGAUCUGGCCACCGGCGAGAGGGAGAACGUCAACAUCAACGGAAAGCAGUACGGCUACCAUGCGGCCACCGCCUCCGUCGACGAUAACGGCAAGUUCGGCACCCACAGUGUUCACUCGUAAACAGCAACACCGAGCUCCAUCCAAAACCAGAAACCUUUAGUGUUCUUAGGGAGUUGCCUACUCAACUCCAGAAGUUUUUGUAAAUCAAUGUGAAUGUUAAAUGAUUUGUUUGUAUGUCACCCGCUGUGAGUAAAAGCAAUGAUGUCAAAUUAAAAAAAAA